UACGCAGUGCGCAUGCGCGCAGGAGGCGAUGACGCUUCCUUUCCAGUCUCAAUGGGGCAUUACCGAACUACUAAGAGUGUAAAAUAGACAUGAAUAACUAGUAGUUUGCCUUUCUGAUUAAAGCGUCUUUCUUGUACAUUUUGAUUGCACUGGACACUCUCGAGAAGCUGAGAAAAUGACAUAUACAAACAAGAGAGAACAUUCACCACACCAAAAUGCUUCUUGAUGAAUUCUGAUGCGUUUUAUGCUGUUGUUUAGCCGGCAGGGGAAGCUGCGACUGCAGAAGUGGUAUACAGCCACAGCUGAGCGUGACAAGAAAAAAAUGGUGAGAGAGCUCAUGCAGGUGGUGCUGGCUCGGAAGCCCAAAAUGUGCAGUUUCCUGGAGUGGAGAGACCUAAAGAUAGUCUACAAGAGGUAUGCCAGUCUGUAUUUCUGCUGUGCAGUUGAAGAGCAAGACAACGAGCUGAUUACCUUAGAGGUCAUACAUCGCUUUGUGGAGCUGCUGGAUAAGUACUUUGGCAGUGUGUGUGAGCUUGACAUUAUUUUUAAUUUUGAGAAGGCUUACUUUAUCUUGGAUGAAUUUCUGAUGGGGGGAGAAAUUCAGGACACUUCAAAAAAAAGUGUGCUCAAGGCUAUUGAACAGGCUGACCUGCUGCAAGAGGAGGAUGAGUCUCCAAGGAGUGUACUGGAAGAGAUGGGCCUGGCAUAGAAUCUACUGAGUUUUAGAAGGGACAGCUUUAGGUACUACUACUGCAUUUGGCAAGGUUAAUGGACUUUUAGAAUAUCUUUGGGGAGGGAGGGUCAAGGAUGACAUGAAAAAGGACACACAGGAUAGAGGGAUGGUUUAAAAGUGUCUAUACAGGUUUUAUACUACUGAGUUCCGCAUGUGAUUGUACUUUUUUCAGCCCCAUUUGUAUUCAUAAUGUUAAAAUAGCUGCGUCUAACCAGGACUCUCUUUCUGAAGACACACUAUACAGAUUAUAGUGUGUGUGAUACAGAUUAGACACUUGAACUCGAUACACAGCCAUUUAUUUGUAAUGAACUGAAAGUGCAUCAAGCCUUACCAUGUUAACAAAAGGAGACAAUUGCACAAUAUGCUUUUAGUCCAUGAGGAGCAGUUAUUUAUUUCUGCAAUCUCAAAUUAAUAUAUUCAGAAAUACUUAGAUUGUAUUUUUGCUGCUCAGGAAGGAUUGGCUGUAACCAUUCAUGCAUGUCUAUUUUUAAAUGUGAUGCAAGAUUAUAAAGUAGAUAACCUAUCAGGCCUGAACUGCUUGCUCUGCAGUAUAGGGACCACACAGUAAAUCUGUGUAUACGUGUGAGUGUAUGCGUUAAAAAAAGUGUGUGUAUGUGUGUUUAUAGUGAGUGGGAGGCGUAUCUGUGCUCUUCCCUUGCACAGUCUACCAUUAAAGCAGUUUUCCAUGAGCCAGAUUUAAAAAUAAACUGUGAUGUGUGACAUAGGAAAUAGAAGAGAAAUAUUGAAUAGGCCUUUGAGUCAGUAGAAUAUUGAAUAGACUGCUGCAUAUGGUCUAUUCAUUCAGUUCUAGUUCUAUGAACCACAUCUGCAAAGUCUUUGAAUGUUUAUUUUAAUACAAGAGGGGAAAAAAUACCCACAAAAUGGUACCUAACCUCUUUCCUGUUUUGUCUGUUUCUACUUCCUGCUUUCCAAAGAGAUGCGUCUGACUGUAAAUGCGUAGUCUUGGAAUAAAAAGGGAAUAAUAUUUGAAUAACUCCUUUUAAAAAAUGAGGGCUUUGGCAUCAUGUGUGACGUAGUUAGGAUAAAAUUUAAAAACAAAAAAGUUUUUUAAUGUAUUGUCUGAAAUAAAAAAAAAAGAAUGUUU